AUGUUAAAAUCCUAUAUAUUCCUAUUAAAUGUUUGGAUUAUUUUGGUUAAUAAAGUGUAUACGGGUCCAUUACCAUUUUCUCUUGAAGAUGUUACUGUAAUACCUUUUCCACCAUCCUUACCAAUAGCAGGUUGCUAUAUUCCAAAUACUAAUGGAACAAGGAGUAAUGAAUAUGUGCAAAUAAGUGGAAAUGGAUAUUACAAUGAAAGAUUGAUGUUAAGUUUAGUAAAGGGAUUUCCAAAAUUUAAUUUGUACUCUUACCAUAAUAAAAUGAACAAGCAAGUAUGGGUAUUUGUAUCAGGGGAAAAUAUUAUUGCAUAUAGAAUAGAAAAUAUGGAUAUUUCGGACCCAUUAUAUUUGGGAAAUACAUGGCAACUUUCAUUAAGUCCCUCAUAUAUUCAGCCAAUUCAUAUUCAAUUUGUAUAUCCAUCAUGUAUGAAUUCUGUAAAAGAUAAUAAUGAAGAAGGUGUAGAUUGUGGAGGGGCAUGUAGACCAUGUGAAGAAUUUUCAUCAUGUAUGACAGCCCCAAAAAUAACUUAUAAAAAUGGUCACAGAAUUUUAAAUUUUUCAACAUGUACAGGGUUACUUAAACAUGGUGAAUAUUGUGAAAAGGGAUGUCCACCUGGUUAUAGGAUGAAAUCUGAUGCUCUUUUGAAUGUGGAUAUAUAUUCACAAUGUUAUGAUGGGAAAUUGCGUCCUUUAUCAUUCAGUAAUUAUCGCAACAAAAUUGGAAAUUCCAGUACAAGAACUAGAGAUUUAAGUAUGGUCUCCGUAACUUUCAUGAAUGAAGAAUCAUUGAAUAUUGAUAGCAUGUGUGAAAGUCCAUUUGAAUAUUCUUGCAAAUACUUAGAAAUUAAGUCUAUGAAUAGUGAGAUACCUGUAAAAAAAUUGGAUUGUGAAGGUAUUUUUACUUCUAUACCAAGAAGUAAUAAACAGAAGACAUAUUGGACAAGUUUAGAUAUAAAUGGAGAUAGAUUAGUAUUAUUCUGGAGGGAGAAUACUUGGGUAUGUAUAAAUACUGUAAAAAAUGAAGUUUUAGGUUAUAUGUAUGAUACAAAUCCAGUACAACUGACGUCUAUUGGUAGUCAUAAUACUUUAGUUUGGGUACCAGAUUUAUCUAAAACUAAUAAAGGAUCUCCAGAAACAACAUUAGUUGAGCUUAAAUGUUCCUCAGUUAAACAGGUAGAAAAUGUAAAUUCCUGUGAUAAUAUAUCAAUGCAAGGAUGGUCUAUUAGAGCUACACUUAAUGGUAUAUGGUCUACUGUUGGAACUUUGGCAGAUAGAUUUAAUGGAGAUAUUCGUCCUAUAUAUAUUAAACUUUAUAGCUCACUAGUAAUGUUAUAUAACUCAUAUAAACUGCAAUGGGAAAUACACAAGAGGCAUGAGACGUCUGUUAUUAAGGGUAAUUCUUUAGAUCUUUUUGCAUCUCUUAGAAGUAAUCGUAUAUUACAUAGUGGUUGGAUGCUAAUGGCUGUAAAUUUCAAUGACUCAACUAUACCUCCCACUGGAAGAUGGAUUUUAAUAGCAGAUCAGUUACAUUCUGAGAGGGAGUAUAAUCAGGAAGUUAAUAAAAAUUUAUCUUCCAGUUACUCAAUUGUUGAUGUAUAUUGUAAAUCUAAUAAUAAAGAUCCUAAGUACUCACAAUCUUCGAUGCACAUUAAUGCUAUCAAACAGAAACCAGUCAUAUGUAGUCAAAAAUCUCCAAUAACAAGCUUUGUGCCAAAUAUAGACUUAUCCAAGCUAUUUUUUGUACCUAAGACAGUACCUAAAGGUGAAUUUCAUAUUAAUGAGGAUGAUUGUCCCUAUAUUGAAAUUAUAGGUACAUCUAUUGAGGCAAUAUCAUGUUCUGGUGUGUUUAAGUUACAAAAGUUAAAUGGAAAAUUAAGUAUUUGGACUAAAAUAGAAAGUAAUGGGGAGAUCAGGUUAUUCUAUUGGAUUGGUACAAAGUGGAUUUGUACGAGAAAUGAUAGUACUAAUUCAAUAAUAGGUUUUAUUGAAGAUAAUAAAAUGAAUCAGGGAAGUUGGUUAAACAAAUUAGAUACUAAGAAUGGUGCAUAUAUAAACACUAUAACGAGAGUGAAGUGCCUUAAAGAAACUAAAUUUGUCGAAAAUAUGUCUAGAAAAGAAUUAACUCAAUCUUCAGAUUUAUGUAAUAUUGGUAUAAUGGAUAAUUGGCCAAAACAACUUAGUAUACUAAAUGGAAAGUGGAACUUACAAAAAAUACAGAUAGAUUAUAAAAAAUCAAAUCAAAAAGAAACUGAUAUAACAAGUUUAAAUAUAACAAAGCGUAGUUCUGAGAAUAAAAUUUUAAAUAACCAAGUCUCUAAUUAUCUAAAUAAUACUAGAUCUAUACAUCAUCAGGAUAAUAAAGUUCAAUAUAACUAUUAUUACUAUUAUUAUACUCAUCAUGAUAGAACAGGUUGUAUAUGGUAUUUAUAUUUUGAUAAUACUGUAGGAAUCUGGGUAAUAACUGAUGAUAUAUCCCAAAUAAAAUCUAUGGAAUCUGAAAUUGGAGAAUAUUCACAGAGUAAAAAUGGUAAAAAUACCGAAUUGAAUGAACAGGAACUACAUAUUGUAGCAUUUAAUACAAAUAGGUAUAUAACACCAUUUAAUAAAGGACAAGAUGGACACUUUGUAGAAUGGUUAUCUAUACUAACUCAAGAUUUUUCAGAUAUUCAAGAAGGAUUAUUCAACGGAAAUUCUGUGACUUCAAGCUCAUCAAAGGUAUUAUCAAAUUUACCAAUUCAUGUUAGAUGUGAUGAUAAUAAUAUAAAUCAGAAUACUAAUAAGUAUCAUACAAAUAAUUUAGAAAAUAAACAUACAUCUAAUUCUACUUUAGGAGUUAGGAAUAGACCUAAAAAAGUUUCAAUUGGACCAAGUGUAAGAAGAUUACAAGAGUCCUUAGAAGGUGAAAGCUCAUGUAAUCGUUAUAAUGUUACAGGAUUUAAAGACUCACUUUUUAUGUUUAAUGGAAUAUGGAAACAAGUACCUACUAAUGGAGGUAAUAGUAACUCAGAGAAUUCUAAUUAUGACGAUUUAAAUACACAUACUUUGAGGUUAUAUGAAUAUACUAAGUCAACAGAUAGUCCUAUAUACAUAUAUUAUGCAAGUGCUCCACUAAAUAAAACUGGAUGGUUCUUAGAUUAUGAUUUCACACCAUUAAAUGGUUUUAUAGCAUUAGGUGGUGGGGAUUUAGGAAGUAAAUUUCCAAGAAUUUGGAGAUUAUGGGAUAUAACUCAAAAGAGGUGGGUAUCAAUGGAACUCAAUGUGAAGUGUAGUGAACUUGAAAGUAAUCGUUUAAUGAGUUCUAGAAAUAAUGGUUCAGUGGGUACUCUUCAAGAUAGGGUAAUUAGUAGUUCAAGUAAUAAACUCAAAACAUCCUUUACAACAAAAGAGUCAAGAAGUAUACAUGCAACAAAUGGUAAUGAGUUCGGAUCUAUAGAAGAUAAUUCAUAUUUGGAAUUGAGUACUGAUUUAGAUGAUAAUAUACAACCAUUAAGUGAAAUUGAAUCUAAUGUUCACAGUGCACCAGUUAGGCAACUUCCAAUACCUUUUAUGUCAACUUUACCAGUUAUUGGUGAACUGGCAUCAGAAGCAAUACCAGAAAUAGAAAAUAUUGCAAAAACUUUUAUUCCUAAAAAGUUUGACAAUGGGAAUUCAGCAGAUGUAAAUGAAAUAAAUAAUAGUCCAGCUUCAGAAAUCUUACCGAAUUUUGAUCAAUUCUCUACAGAAGGACAGGAAAAAUUAAGACAAAAACAAGUUCAAGAAGGAUUUCAAGAAGGAUAUCAGCAAGCUAUGCAACAGAAUAGCUUCAUACCACAAAUUCAAAGUCAGCCAUUACAAUAUGGUCCAAAUAAUAUUGAUCAGGGGAAUUUCCCAAUACAAAUGCCAGGCCAAGGGUUACCACAAAUUUAUAAUAAUCAAGAAGAAAUACCAAUACAAAUACUAAAUCAGGGUGGAUUAAUACCUCAACAAAAUUCUAAUAAUCAAGGGGGGAUACCAAUACAAAUACCAAAUCAGGGUGGAUUAAUACCUCAACAAAAUUCUAAUAAUCAAGGGGGGAUACCAAUACAAAUACCAAAUCAGGGUGGAUUAAUACCUCAACAAAAUUCUAAUAAUCAAGGAGGGGCACCAAUACAAAUACUAAAUCAGGGUGGAUUAAUACCUCAACAAAAUUCUAAUAAUCAAGGGGGGAUACCAAUGCAAAUACUAAAUCAGGGUGGAUUAAUACCUCAACAAAAUUCUAAUAAUCAAGGAGGGAUACCAAUGCAAAUACUAAAUCAGGGUGGAUUAAUACCUCAACAAAAUUCUAAUAAUCAAGUAGGGAUACCAAUGCAAAUACUAAAUCAGGGUGGAUUAAUACCUCAACAAAAUUCUAAUAAUCAAGGAGGAAUAUCAACACAGACGCAAAUGCAGAUGCCUCAACAGACAGUAACGUCAACUUCAGCUCCAAGUGAAGCAAUGAGAACUCCUAUCCUCAGACAAAAUUCGUCAAUUUUAUAUGAUCAAAAAAGCCAGGAAUUUCCCGAUAAUCCACAGAUUAACUCUAGCCAAUUAAAUCAACAAUUAAGAAAUACCUCUCUAGGUGAUAUCAAAGGUGUUGAAUCAGAUUUACCUUUGAGAGUACAGAGAAAUACUACACUAAACCAGAAUCAACUAACUUCAGUAACCUCUUAUAAACAAUCUUCUAAAACUAAUCUACAAAAAGAACAAGAUAAUUCAAGUAAUACUUUUAACCAAUCCCAAGUAAUACAAAAAACUUCAAAUCUUGAAGACAAACCUUCACAAAUUGAGUUAGUACAAUCAAAUAAUUAUGAGCAAAGUGAAUUGCCAACAUAUUCAUCAUUAAAUAUUCCACUUAAUACACAGAACAAGCUAAUUAUUAUUGAAUCUAAUAAAUUAAAUCAAACUAUAGGUUCAAACUCUUCUCAACCCUCAUUUUCUCCAGUAAUCUGUCCAGAAAAUGGACAAUGGCUACAUGACCAGGCUAAUUCAAUGAUAAAUAAUGGGAAUAUACAUCAUAAAUAUAAGACUAUAGUUGUAACUCUUCCAAUAAACUAUAAUAUUCCAAAUUUGGAGGUAAUUCAAGGAUUGUAUCGCUUUAAUGGUAUAUACAAUGGUCGUCCAUUGUAUAAACACUUCCCAGUUACAAAUUCCUUUUUUAAGAAGAAUGUCGCUACACAACAAAAUUAUAGCUCACAGCCUAACUAUUUAACAUCAGUAUUUUUCGACAAAAAUUUUGAUGGAUGGAUUAUUGGAAUUCAAGAAUUAAUUGGAUAUAACCCAAAUACCUCAGUUUAUUUUAAAAGUUCUGCUAAUGAUUGUUUAGUUCCUUGGGACUCAACUAUUAGCUGGUAUCUUAAAAAUACGAAGAAAUUAGUUCCAAUAAAAAUUUCUCUAAAUGAAAAUAACUAA